AUGAGGGACAAUUAUAGAAAAGAAUGUGUAGCUCUUUCAGAAAGAGAAGAAAAAGCAUCGUGUUUCGAUCAAGCUUUCAACAUGUCUGGAAAAGGAAAACUUACCUCUUUAUCUUAUAAAGGAAAGAAGGACUUAAUUUCCAUUUUCAAAAAGUCGAAUGUUUCGAAAGCAGCUUUUGCCAAAGAACACUGUAUUCCCAGAACCACUUUAAACAGUAUUCUUUCCUCAAAACAAAUAAUUGAAGAAUCUGACAUCAAAGACAAAAGAAAGAGGAUGAGAAAAUCAAAGUAUGACGAGAUUGAAGAGGUUCUAGUUCGCUGGCUAAAACGUGCAAGGUCACAAAAUGUGCCUAUUUCUGCUGUGAUUCUGAAAGAAAAAGCCUUGGAAAUUGCCGAGGAGUUCAACAUAGAAGAUUUCAGCGGCAGUUAUGGUUGA